GCCUUGGUGUCAGCCAGCCUGCUGUAAAUGAUGUCUUUUCUUAUCACUCUGCUGACAAACCAGCAUCCUUCAUCGGGUGUAUUUAAAGCCAGGGGACGCUGAAGGCUCCUGCCAAACAGCAACCAAGAGUCUCUGAGGUACAAGAGGAAGGACGAAAGGAAGGAAGAGAGUCUUCACAGCCCUCAAGGACCCUCGCGAUGCUGCCAGCCACUUUCAAACUCUGUGCCGGCAUCUCCUACAGACACCUACACAAUAUGACAGGCUUGAAGAGAAAAGCUGCUGUCACAAUUGUUCAGGAGCUGAAUAAAUUUGUCAGGCCUGGCCCUGGAAAAUGGAUCCACCAAGUCCGCAGGAGGAGCUCGUUGCUGAGUUCUAGGCUGGAGGAGAACCUCUUCAGCGAAAUGGAGAUGGCCUACAUUAGACAAGGAGAGGAGGCCCUGCAGAAAUCGCUGAAUAUCCUCAGUGACCAAGAGGGCUGGAAGACCGAAACAGUGAUGGACAAUGGUGACAAAGUUUUAAGCAAAGUCCUCCCGGACAUAGGAAAGGUGUUUCGUCUCGAGGUAGUGGUCGAUCAGUCCCUGGACAACGUCUACAGCGAGUUAGUGGAAAGGAUGGAACAGAUGGGAGAGUGGAACCCAAAUGUCAAAGAAAUCAAGAUCCUGGAGAAAAUUGGUAAAGAUACCGUGAUCACUCAUGAAACUGCAGCAGCGACCGCUGGCAACAUUGUUGGCCCACGAGACUUUGUGAGCGUCCGCUGUUCCAAGAGGCGAGGCUCAACGUGCGUUCUAGCCGGCAUGUCCACCACCUAUGCAGCCAUGCCUGAACAAAAAGGCGUUGUCAGAGCUGAAAAUGGCCCCACGUGUAUGGUUCUUCGACCUGUCGCUGGAGAUCCCUCCCAGACCAAGUUGACCUGGCUUCUCAGCAUUGACUUGAAGGGAUGGUUGCCAAAGACGCUCAUCAACCAAGUCCUCUCCCAAACCCAGGUGGAUUUUGCAAACCACCUCCGCCACCGUUUGGCCAACCCUUCUCUUUCUGCACAGGCUCUGAGAUGUUGAAGUCAGGCAUCCCCUCUCCACUGCUUU